AUGAAAUUCUUUCUACCUACUACAAUUCCCGGUUUUUUUUUAAUUAUCGGCUUGUCAUUUGUCUCCUCGUACGUACUCAGUCCACGUAAUGAAGAAAAUUUUGAAUGGGGAUAUCUUGGUUCGAACGGUCCUGCUUAUUGGUACCAACUUAAUGAAACCUAUGAAACCUGUAAAGGCAUUAAGCAGCAAACUCCUAUAGAUCUUAAAGUUGAAGAUUUUACCAAUUCUACUAAAAUUGAGUUAAACGUAACCAAACCAACCGAUUUAAUUCUCUUAAAUAAUGGUUAUACUUAUCAAAUUCAACGUUCUGAGGGUACUAUUGAGAAACCAGCAUUAUAUGAAGAUGCAACAUUGAAAGUUGAUGGUGAAACAUAUUAUCUUUAUCAGUAUCAUUUCCAUAUGCCAUCAGAGCAUCAUAUUGAAGGCAGAGAUUUAUUAUUGGAAGGACAUUGGGUUUUCAAAACCUCUUCUGAGCAAGAUGCAAAAGUGGCCGUUCUAGGGGUUUUUUUUGACCUUGGUGAACGUGAUGAGCCUGGUUUGGAACCUAUUGUAGAGAUAAUUGAUAAGCAACCGGUAGAAGUCAAUGAUCAUGUUAAUAUAACAAUAUCAUUAAGCGAACAAAUAUUUAAAAGGGUUAAAACUGUUUAUAGUUAUAUCGGCAGUUUUUCCAUACCACCAUGUACUGAAGGUAUUCGUUGGUUUGUUUCUUCAGAUGUACAAAGUAUUAGUCCACCACAAUUUAAAUCCUUAAAGUAUGUAUUAAAAUACAACUCUCGAUUUACACAAAAACGCCUUGAUUGUGGUGAACCAACGUCACACGAUCCGUGGAAGCCCAAUAUCGAUUAG